GCAGGUAACCUUCAGUUCACAUCAUCUCCUGGGUCUACUGCAUCUGACGACACAGUGAUCCUCAACUUCUCCCUGCUUGAGCCAGCUGAGGAACCCCUUGAGCCAGCUGAGGAACCCGUUGCAGCCCAAGGCAGUCAACCUAAAAGGCCUUGCCGCAUCAACUAUGAAGCAAAAACUCUGAUUGAAAAAAUCCUGACUACAAAGCCUGGAGGUGACCGUAUCAUCGAGGAGUAUGCAAAAACAAAAUCAAUCACAGAUUCAACCAGAAGACGGCUCAUCAACAUACUUGCUGCAGAAAUGACGGAAACACAUGGGACCUCGCCGCCGCGGAGUGUGAAAGUGAUGUAUGCACAGGGGAUUAUUGCUCUGUUUCCAUAUCUUGAAGACCCAUACUCACAGAAUGGCUAUGAACACUACUACGAUCCGGAAAGUGGUUCAGGAUACAUUGCAUGGCGGUUGAAGACCAUUGAAAGGCUUCUGAGGAAAGAGUUCCAGCAGCUAAAUCUCCUAAAGGUAACAUUUAUAAUGUGGGUGAAUGUGGGUGGGCCAGGCCAUGGACGUACUACACCCUUUACUGCCGAAGUCCUGACUGAUGAGGAAGUGGAAUCCGCUAUCGCUGUGUUGAGACAUUCUGCUGAUGAGGAAACCAUCCGUGAAAAAAUGAAAACCACCUUCAGUUAUCGCCAAGCAAUGGUCAAUGACCAUGACAAAUCUGCAGAGGUCUUCUCAGUUUUUCCACGGUUCCUGGACACACCAGGACUGGUAGAGCAGGAUUUCAGACUGAUGUUUGGCGAGCAGACUGCCAAUAAAUUCCUGGAGCGAUGGCCUACCACUUUCAGGGCAAGAGUCAUUAAGGAAAGCCAUGGACUGGUCCCCUCCACAGACCUUCUUGAUUUGAUGCACAAUGCUGAGACAUCCACUGAAGUUGAAAAUGGCUGGGACAGUGAUACGUCUGCCAUCAUACUGCUGCUACAUCUGCUACCGCCAUCCGCACAGGGACGCAAGAAGCCAGGGAAGAUAUCAGCAUCUAAUGCAGUGGAUCACCUCAUCAAAUUCCAAAAGACGGGAACAAGCCUGCAGCAGCAUCUAGACAACAUCACUGAAAGCCGUCAGCCCUACCUCCUUGCACAGGGACCCACAAAAAGCAGCAUUCACUCCUUCUUCAUUGCCAUCGACAAGCACGCACUUCCAUGCCAAGGCACCACCUCAGUCGGAGCCCUGGAUGAACUCUUCAAGGCCCACUUUGUCUUUGGUACAUCUUACAGUCCUGCCUUGAACAACUUUUUCACUUUUCUCCAAACUUCCAUUUACAACAUUGAUGUAGGGAAAACUAAGGAAACGCCAAGAAUUGCAGAGUUACGAGCUAGAAUGGUGCGUUAGACUCAAAGGAUAACUUAAGCC